UUUCUGUGCCCGGCGACGAUAAAGCGGUUUGCACACGCCCUGAUAACAAGAAUCGGUUUGGUGGUGCGCAAAGCAGUGGGAGCACUAUAAGAAUGCUGGACCUCCAGUCCACAAUCAUCAAACAGUGCUAGCUUACGGCUAAGUGAAUCAGGUUUAUUUGAAUACGAGUAUAUUCAACAACAAAAUAUAAAUCACAUAAUGGGUUGCAAGGCGUGUGGAACAAACUGCCAGUGCUCCGCUACCAAGUGCGGCGACAACUGCGCCUGCAGCCAGCAGUGCCAGUGCUCUUGCAAGAACGGACCCAAGGACAAGUGCUGCUCCACUAAGACAUCCAAUUAGGUACAAGGACCCUCUCAAACUCAUUUGUGCGAUAUACAUAUAACCCGGCGACAUGGCAUCAAAAUAAAUACACAAUCGAUUCAAACUAA